AUGAGUGGUCUCGCCGAUCCUCCCUCUGCCAGGAACACAUUCGCUGGGCCUGCAGAUGCGCCCGGCAAGACUCGAAACCUCCCUGUUCUCUCGCAGUCGGCUCAACACUCCCCUGUGGCGAUGGAGCUCACUCCUCCUUCCUCCGCCGCCCCGGGCGGGGGCCAUAUCCAUAGCAGCCCCGAUGGCGACCGCACCGGCACGAUCAACGUCAAUGGCUCCGAUGCUGGGACCACAAGCAAUCCCCCCAACCCAGCCGUUGGCGCUGCGGCCGCAGCUCAGCAACCCAAGGUGGUGCAGACGGCAUUCAUUCACAAACUAUACAACAUGCUAGAAGAUAACACAAUCCAGCACCUGAUAUCCUGGUCCAGUACCAAUGAUAGCUUUGUCAUGUCUCCCACCUCGGAAUUCUCGAAGGUCCUAGCCCAGUACUUCAAACACACCAAUAUAUCGUCAUUUGUUCGACAGCUGAAUAUGUACGGAUUUCACAAAGUGAGCGAUGUGUUUCACACGGGGUCUCCCGACUCAGCGCUGUGGGAGUUUAAACAUGGAAACGGAAACUUCAAGCGAGGCGAUUUAAUCGGCCUUCGAGAGAUCAAACGGCGGGCAUCGCGACAUGCUCUGAUCCACCGUGACUCCUUCCCAAGUCAUAAAGCCGCGGUGUCGCAUCCAGGAACCCCUGCUGAACCAGUUCCAGAUGCGACAGAAGCCAGAUUGAUGAAUCUGGAGCACUCACUUUAUGACAUGCAUGCUCGCCUGGCUCGUGCCGAGGAGGGCAACGUAGCUCUGAGUUCGAGGUGUCAGAGCAUGGCCGAGGGCUUGAACAAAUGCUAUCAAUGGUCCUAUUCGAUUUCUCGUUUCCUUCAGGCGGUUGUUCCUGACCGGGACAGCCCUCUUUAUCGUGACGUUUCGAGCAUGCAACGCGAACUUGAAAAACACAUCGAAGCAACCCGCGCCAUGGAGACUUCGCAUGACACUCUCAUGCCACCUCGUCAACCAUUCUUUGGAAAUUUGCCAAUUGAAUCCGGCCCUCCCCUGUCUCCGCGUCAGCUACCACAGGACGAUAGUCGACGCCAGUCCAUGAUUCGACCUCCCGUCCCCCCGCAUCUUGCCGUUUCUCCUCGCCGCUACGGCUCCAUCGGAGGCGCCAAUGCCGCCGUACCUAAUUAUAAUCGAAUGCACAAUCCUUCCGGCGCUGCUGCGGCGCCGCCGCCACCUCCGCCACCACCACCCCAACAACAGCCCGCGCCGCAUCCUCUAUCUAUAUCCACACCACCUGGACCUAAUCUUGGCCGUCGCCAUACCUUUGCCGACAUUCGGCAAGCCGACUGGCCUCCCACCGGCACGUCUCCCUUCCCGCCUAACCACACCACUGGUAGUGGCAGUGGUCCCUGGCCUUCCUCCCCGCAUCGCCUACCCACCAGUAGUGAGCAACAAGUACGUGAUGUUCUCGCUCAAUACGAAAUGGGCGCCCCUCGACGCCUUCAAGAUCAAUCCCGCCAUGCGACCCCGCCAGCCCCGGCCGAGCCAUCCCCCUCGAUGCUGAGUGCGGAUAGUGGCUGGACUCUGGGCGGCUCCAGGUUCCCUCGUCAAGAAUCCUCCCUCCCAGCAACCCGCCGCUCCAGUAUGGCCAGCAAUGUCCAUUCUUUGCUCAACCCUGCCGAUACUGCGGAACGACCAGAUGAGGAUCAACAAGAGGAUCGUAAGCGAAAACGUUUGGAGUGA